UAUGAUUAUUUAUUGAUCUACUCAUAUCGGUAAUAACAGUUGUAUAUAGUAAGACCAUUACAAUAUUUACGUCAAAAAGAUAAACGUGUAGAGAUAGCAUUAGUAGUCAAUAACAGAUUCGGAAGAAAAUAUUUGUUUGUUACCAUAAGCAAUUCAUUCAACUUUUUUCACAAUAAGUACCUGCCGUAGAUGUUGCACGUAAUCUUUAAUCUUUAUUUACAAUUUCUCAGAAACAUAUUUGAGUGAUUUUAUUGGAUCGUGUCAUAUUAUAAAUUAUGUAAACAUUUAAUAAAGAGUUAAAAAUAACAAGGCGGUUGCUAUGUGAGUCGUUUAUCAAUGAAAGUUUUAAGAUGUUGUAUACCUCAACAAUAUUUGUGUGAACUGGUAGAAUAAUACCAAAACAAUGGUUCCCGCACCGAGUUGUCCAUAUACGUGGGAUUAUUGGUCGGCCACGCCGUCCGAUUAUGUUGAGUUAACAUGCCUGAUGCCAAAUUCUAUAUACCUCCCUGUGACAGUCAGUUGGGAUGCAACUCUUCAAGAUAUUAAGGAGGAGUUAUGGGACUUGGCGGGGAAGCAGCCUCUGUUUGGGAUGCUGCAUGAGAUGUCUGGCUAUGUAUUCCAAUUCAUAAAUUCCUUAGCGGUUCCGGAAGAGGUAGACGAUGAAAACAAGAGGGUCCGUGAUAUUAGGCCUGUGUUUGGGGUGCUCAUGAUAAUUGAGCGAUCCAUCAAGAGGCCCGGGGAACACUUAUUGAAUACACAGAUCAGUCAUUUAAUUGGAAAAGGUUUAAAUGAAUUUGAUAGUUUAAGAAGUUCGGAAGUCAACGACUUUCGGAUGCGAAUGAGAUAUUUAGCUGAGGAGAGUCUAAUAAAAAGAGCUCAAAGUACACAAUUAGAAAGAUUAAGAUAUCAUUGUCCACCGAGAUUAGCUGAUCAUCCUACCGUUCCCACCACCUUAAUUAGCCACCUUAAUAAUAACUGUUUUAUACUCGUCACUAAAGUAGCGAAUACAGAGUUUUCCUUUACAUCAAACGUGCCAGUUGGCUUAACGCCUCAACAGCAUAUAGAAACAAUACUAAGAAAAAAGGCUAACUCGUUGAACAUGCGUGGAGAACAUCCGCGUAACUAUGUGCUCAAGGUCUGCGGGCGGGAAGAGUACCUGCUGGGCGACCACCCCCUUAUACAGUUCCUUUAUAUACAAGAGAUGCUAUCACGAGAUGGUGUCCCUCAAGUCAUGACUGUCAGUAUGGAUAAAAUAGCCGUUGCUUGUGAGUUUCAAUAUUAUUCACUAUCCGAGCGACGGCGACUUGCCUCAGAACAAUCUAACACAAUAAGGAAAAAGAAGAACUACGAGUCGUCAUGGAAGAUUGAGAGAAAUUAUUCCUGUAUGGUACAAACGGUCGGUGGACUCAACGUUGAUCCUGGCAGACUCGUUGAGGUUGUUUGCCAAGCUGGUAUCUACCACGGAGGCAAGUCGUUGUGCGAGCCACAGAAGACCCGAUUAGCAGUUGUUUCGAAAGAGGGUGAAGCACAGUGGGAUGAAGAACUUCAGUUUCCGAUCAAAGUAUGUAAUGUUCCACGAAUGGCGAGGCUUUGUUUCGUCAUAUAUGAGAUAUCCAAAGCCAAGAAUAAAAGAAGAGGGAAAGACGCGAAUAAGGACGCCAUAAACAGGUUGGCUUGGGCAAACACAAUGAUUUUCGACUACAAGGAACAACUCCGUACGGACGGAGUGACCCUGUUCAUGUGGACACACGUCGCCGACGAGACGCAGGGGGACGACCUGUUGUUACACCCGCUGGGUACUGUGGUCUCCAACCCCAAUAUUGAUUCCUGUGCUGCUCUUCAAGUACGCUUCUCUAACUACGACUGUCAGUACCCAAUAUUAUUUCCCAAGCAAGAGGCAGUGAAAGCGUACGCGGAUCAACUGGAGAACAAUUCCCCGGACGUGAUGGCGCGACUGAGCGAGGACUUUGAGAAACUUCGAGCUACCGCCGAGAAGGAUCCUAUGUAUGAGAUGCACGAACAGGAAAAGAAAGAUAUUUGGGCGUCAAGGGAGUACUUCCGCGAGCUGGCCCCGGAGCUGCUGCCCAAGCUGCUGUCGUGCGUGGAGUGGACGGAGCGCUCGGAGGCGGCGCGCGUGGCCCGCUCGCUGGCGUCGUGGCCCAUGCUGCGCGUGGAGUCGGCGCUGGAGCUGCUGGACUACGCCUACGCCGAUGCCGCCGUGCGAGGGUUCGCUGUCGAGUGCCUCGCCAAGAUCAGCGACGAAGAUCUCCUGCUAUAUCUAUUGCAACUGGUCCAAGCUUUGAAACAUGAGUCGUAUCUAAUGUGCGAUCUGGCCGUGUUUCUGUUGCAACGAGCGUUCAAUAACAUGACCAUCGGACAUUAUCUCUUCUGGCAUUUAAGAUCUGAGAUGCACGUGCCGUCGGUGUCGGUACGCUUCGGUUUGGUACUGGAAGCGUACUGUCGCGGCUGUCAAGACCACAUCAACAGCCUCAUGCGGCAGAUCACCUGCCUGGAUAAGCUCAAAUGGGCGAGCCAGUGCGUGCGCAAGAAGAAGGAGAUCUCCAAGGCGCGCGCGGCGCUGCAGCAGCACCUGCAGGAGCAGCACUGCGUCGAGACGCUCUGCGACUUCGUGUCGCCGCUCACGCCCAGCCUCGUCUGCAAGAGGAUCAAGCCUGAGAGAUGUCGAGUCAUGGACAGCAAGAUGCGUCCCCUUUUACUCGAAUUCGAAAACGUCGACCCGACGGGAUCCGACGUCCGCAUUAUCUUAAAGAUUGGAGAUGAUCUCCGACAGGACAUGUUCACGCUGCAAAUGUUGAGGAUCAUGGACAGGUUGUGGAAGAAUGCGGGAUAUGAUUUUAGACUGAACCCGUACAACUGCAUCUCGAUGGAGUACGCAGUGGGUAUGAUCGAGGUGGUCGACGAGGCGGAGACGGUCGCCAACAUACAGAAGCAGAGCGCGCUGUUCAAUGCAGCCUCCACCAUCUCCAAGGCCAACCUGUUCCAAUGGCUCCGCAAGCAGAACCCCAGCGAGGAGUCGUUCAACAAGGCGGUGGAGGAGUUCACCAUGAGUUGUGCGGGGUACUGCGUGGCGACCUACGUGCUGGGCAUCGCGGACAGGCAUCCCGACAACAUCAUGGUCAAGAAGAGCGGACAGCUGUUCCACAUCGACUUCGGGCACUUCCUGGGGCACUUCAAGCAGAAGUACGGCUUCAAGCGCGAGCGCGUCCCGUUCGUGCUGACGCACGACUUCAUCCACGUCAUCAACAAGGGGCAGCGCGGCGGCGUGCACGAGCAGCUCGACUUCAAGAUCUUCCGCGACCUCUGCGAGACGGCGUUCAAAAUUCUGCGGAAGCACGGACAUCUCAUCCUAUCGCUGUUUUCAAUGAUGAUCUCCACCGGCCUGCCGGAACUUAGUUCGGAAAAGGAUUUACAGUACCUUAGAGAAACUUUGGUAAUGGACCUCUCCGAAGAGAAAGCGAUGGAGCAUUUUAGACUGAAAUUCAUCGAAGCCGUCAAGAACUCAUGGACGGCCUCCUUCAACUGGGCGCUUCAUAACUUCGACAAGAACAACUGACAGUGACCCGUCAGUAGGCGGCUCAAACGGCAGCCGUCUAAACACACCCCGCAAACACUUUAAAGAGUGAGCCUUAUUCUAUAUACAUUAAGGUACAAAUUCGAAUGACUGUGCGAUAAACUAUAUUCGAAUACUAAACACCAUAUAAACUCUUUGAAUAGUGAAUCUUACUCUUUAAACAAAGUUUCAGAUUUGAUAGUCUGUACAAGCAGUGCGUGUUCGACGUUUGAUUCGAAAUUUAAACGCCCCGAUCGAAAUGAUAUUGUUAUGGUUGAAAUUUAAUUCGAACAAAAGUGUGUGUUAAUUUUGAAUUUGGAAUACCGUAGGAGUCUGUAUAAGGUAUACGUUGAUAUCGAAAAUGUAUAAGACCGUGAAUAGGAAAAAAUAU